CUCGAUAUCUCAGGUAACUGAAUCUCCUGUACAGCUCGAAUCUUCAUCUACAGAAACACACUUUAAAACAGCAUGCUGAAAAGCGGCCUGUGAACUCUCGCACCCGCUGUCAUUCCUGUUUAAAGCUUUGCUUGGGGGUUAACGGGCCCCUGGCUACAGCUUCUCCGAGAAACAGCUGUUCCGCUUCCAGGUGGGCAGAGGCCACCGCUCAGCACGUUCCCGGGGUCCCCGCCCCCGCGCCCGCCGGACGGUCAUUAGAGUCCCCUGGGCCGCCGCACAGUCGGGCGGGCGCCUCUGCAGGGACCGCGCUCCCGGAGCCGCGCCUGCGGUUCCCCUGUCCGCCGCUCGGGAAAUGGAGAGGAGGGCUCGGAGCUCCUCCAGAGAGGCCCGCGGGCGAGGCGGCGGGUCCUCCCACAAAGAGAACAAGAGCCGGAAGGCCGAGAAGGGCAGCGGAGGCCGUGGGCGCCGGGAUGCUGGGCCCGAGCGGCCGGGCUCCGGACGGGCGCGGAGCCCGGGGGAGUCCAGAGCGCCGGCCGCCACCGUGGUGGACGUGGAUGAGGUCCGGGGCUCGGGCGAGGAGGGCACCGAGGUGAUAGCGCUGCUGGAGAGCGAGCGGCUGGAGGAAGGUACCAAGUCCUCUGGCUUAGGAGCCUGUGAGUGGCUUCUUGUCCUUACAUCCCUGCUCUUCAUCAUCGUGACCUUCCCUUUUUCUGUCUGGUUCUGCAUAAAGGUUGUACAGGAGUAUGAGAGAGUAAUUAUAUUCCGACUGGGACAUCUGCUUCCUGGGAGAGCCAAAGGCCCUGGCCUUUUCUUCUUCCUGCCCUGCCUGGAUACCUACCACAAGGUGGACCUUCGUCUCCAAACCCUGGAGAUACCCUUUCAUGAGGUUGUGACUAAAGACAUGUUUAUAAUGGAAAUAGACGCCAUCUGCUACUACCGAAUGGAAAACGCCUCUCUUCUCCUAAGCAGUCUUGCUCAUGUGUCCAAAGCUGUCCAAUUCCUUGUGCAAACCACUAUGAAGCGUCUCCUGGCACAUCGAUGCCUCACUGAAAUUCUUCUAGAGCGGAAGAACAUUGCCCAAGAUGUGAAGGUCGCCCUGGAUUCUGUUACCUGUGUUUGGGGAAUCAAAGUGGAGAGAACAGAAAUUAAGGAUGUGAGGUUGCCUGCUGGGCUUCAGCACUCACUGGCCGUGGAAGCGGAAGCUCAAAGACAGGCUAAAGUGCGGAUGAUCGCUGCAGAAGGAGAGAAGGCUGCCUCAGAGUCCCUGAGGAUGGCAGCUGAGAUUCUAUCUGGCACCCCGGCUGCCGUUCAGCUUCGCUACCUCCACACCCUCCAGUCUUUAUCCACAGACAGACCUUCCACUGUGGUCUUACCUUUGCCAUUUGACCUCCUAAAUUUCCUGUCUUCUCCCAGCAGUAGAACUCAAGGGAGCAUCCCCUUCCCAAAUCCUUCCAAACCUGUUGAGCCACUGAAUCCUAAAAAGAAGGAUUCUCCUAUGUUAUAGGGGUGGGGACCAAAGGCUAAUGUGUCUGUCACAGGAACAUACAUAUGCAAGCCACAUCACGGAGGGAGGUAUUCUGUCCUCACUGCCUUUCUUUGGUUGCCAUAAGAAAUGCCCUUGGAAUGUAUGAAGUCACAAUGCUGCAACAUACAUGAGAAGACAGUGAGAUGAUGUGAUGACAGAAAAGCCAUACUGUAUAACAAGUCUUGGUGGAUCAGUCACCCACUCAAGAGUUAUUAAGGGAAAGAGCUUUACCCAGCAUUCUACUUUGGAAAGAAUUUUGAUACUAUAUAUUAUAUAGAUAUAUGUUACUUAUAAACAUGUUUGUGACUAAACCAACAAAUUUUGGUUUCUGGAGGUGUAGUUCAAAUGUCCUUCUGUCUGUAGGCCCCCUGAUCCCUUUGGCAAGGUCUUUGCUGUUCCCAUGGCCCUUCUUACAUGCUUCUAUCAUUGGGCUUGUCACACUCAUUUGCUAUCAUGUGCUUACAAUGCAGACUUUUCCCCAACUAUACUAUGUACUCCUCAAAGGUAGGGAACAAGUCUUAGUCAUUUCCUCCCCAUUUCACUCAACCAUUUACAUCCCAGUCCCAUGAUCCUCACACUUAACCCUGAUAUUUGCGCCACAGUGAUACGUAAAUAUUGCUGAGUGAAUGGAAGAAAAAGGGAUAUACUCUGUUUGGAUAUAAAAUUUACACCUAAUUAAAGAAU